GUCGACUCCCAUGAUGCCGCCUGGCCAACCACCCUGGGACCACCGUCAUUCGCGUGCCGUGGUUGCUGAAAUUGUGGUGUAGGAAACAUGCCAUUUCAAGGGAAAGCCAACUGGUCCCCGCCGCUCGCCAGAUUUCCCAACUGCCGCUUGCCCUCCAUCAUCCCACAAAGAAACAACCUGUGAACAUCUACCUCCCUUACCUGUCCACACACAGUCGCCGCUCGUAAACAGAGUUGCCCCUCUGUUCUCCUUACCUACCUUAUCCAGCAAACCUUGAUUGGUUUUAGAGAUAAAGCUUCCGCGAGUCAUACCUUCCCGAACACCACCGCAAAAGCUCCAGAGUCGAAUCCACAGCCCCAACGACCACCAAAAGAACUCUUCCACUGCGACGAAUCUUGCACCCUUUUGCUCGCAGUCAGCCAAGCUGUCACAAGACCGCCCGCCCACCAUGGAGAAAAUACAGCUCCUGCUCCGAGCGCUCCAGCUUCUCUUCAUCGUCAUUCUCACCGGCCUCGUAGGCAACAUCAUCGCGAGCAACAUCGCCGCCGCCUCGUCCGCCACCGCCGCCAUCAACUUCUCCAUGUUCGUGGUCGUGCUGUCGUGGCUCGCCGCGCUGCUCGGCCUCGCGACGGCGAUGAUCGAGCGCGUCGCGCUGGCGCCGCUGGUGCUGCUCGGCGCCGACGCGCUCGCCACGCUCUUCACCUUCAUCGACGCCGUCGUGCUCGCCGCCAAGCUCAGGGCCGUCAACUGCGCCGACACGGGCGGCCAGCCCGCCAACUGGAUCGCCUACGGCAGCGCCGACGACGGCAAGCGCUGCCGCGAGGUGCAGGCCUCGACCGUCUUCAUGUGGUUCCUCUUCGCCACCUUCGCGGCCGUCCUCGCGCUGGGCUUCCUCGGCUUCCGCCGCGGCGGCGGGAGUAUCAGGUCCGGGCCGACUAUGUCUCAGGUCAGGGUAUGAAAGAGGAUGAUGAGGCUGGUAGGGCGGGGACCUGAAGAAAGGGACUUUGGCAAAAAUUAGGAGGAGUUGGGCUUGGUUAUGGGCAGGGUACGGGCAGGAUACGGGCAGGAUACGGGCAGGAUAUGGGACGUCGGGAGGCGGGAUGAUAUAUCAAUAGGGGUUGAUCCCCGAGAUGGGCAUGACUGAUUAUGAGGUUCCGGGUCUUUUAGUGAUGCGGGCAGCACGACA